AUGGUAUGUGAUAAAUCAAAAUGAUUAUGGUGAUGUAAGAGGUACAAGUGAUCAUGAUAUUUCAUCAAUAUCAACAUCAAUGUCAAUCCACUUUAUUAUAACAGAAUGGGAAAAUACAAUAAUCGAAAAUCAAUUUCAGAGUGAAAAAUUAGAUUCGAGAUGAAUUUAUCAUUAUUUACUAAUUAAGAGUAUUGAAAUAAUCAUUUGCCCUUCAUCAUUAUUGGAAAUCAGAUUAAGUUCCAUUGAAAUACUAACAUUUUAAUUUUAGGUUUUAGUUCAAGAUUUAUUACACCCAACCACAGCUACAGAAGCUCAACAACAUAAAUUAAAAUUAUUAGUUCAACAACCAAGAUCUUUUUUUAUGGAUGUCAAAUGUCAAGGUUGUCUUAAUAUUACUACUGUUUUCAGUCAUGCUCAAACUGCUGUUACUUGUGAUUCAUGUUCAACUGUUUUAUGUACUCCAACUGGUGGUAAAGCUAAAUUAACUGAAGGUUGUUCAUUCAGAAGAAAAUGA